CCCGCUGUGCUGCGUCGCUGUCACGCACACAUGCUCAACGACAUCGUGGAUUCUGUCUACAGGGUUGCUGCCUCACCUAUAGUCAAUCUGGCGUCCAAGCUCUGUCAGCCCAAUUCCGCCAUGGGCUGUGCUGAGGAGGGCGGUCAUUCCUUCCCGUCCCUUCCCACCCCUCCUCUGAAGAAUGGCGUCCGGCCGAUGAAUGAGGACAUGGCCGCGACGCCCAGUCCGAUUCGGUCGUCGUUUUCCACCCUCUCUGAGCCAUCUACACCAUCCAUGCGGGCUAAAUCUCGAGUCACCUUCGCGAGAGAUGAUGUUGUCGAGGAAUUCCGCGACAACGAUCCCGUCAGCACGCCUUAUCGAUUGGGUCUCGCGCCCAUGAAUCCUUCGCGCCGCCUGUCCCCGAACGGCGAACAUAUCCUGUCCUCCAUCAAGAAUGGCACAGGAACGAUCAUGGUCGAUGAGCUCAUGGCGUCAACCGUUCUCCUGGACAAGGUUGCCGUCCGGGUCCCACGCACUCCAGAUGUCCGUGUGCAUCAAUCCUCCAAUGACUCGAGUGACACCGAAGAAGGUGAAGGUGAAGACGAAGGUGACGAUGCCGUUGAAGUUGGAGUUGAAGAUGAUACAAGGGUUGAAAAGCAAGGCGAUAACGGCGUUAUUGACCAAGUGGCGGAUCCGGAUGAGUGUGCGGCUUCCCAACUGCAAGUGUCUCCGUCCGUCCGCUCCUCAAGCGCGCAGUUCCUCCUCGAUCUUGGCUUCAGCUUCCCCACAGCUUCCGGCAAGGGUUCCGGAUCGAGCCCGACUCUCUCACUCCUCACAAGGUCCUCCGAGUCAUUCAGGAUGCACCCAACACCAUCUCCGGUCAAAACCGCCACACGGUUCCAUCUCCCAGAAGGCGCUGGCCUUGCACCUUUCCACGCACAAAAACGGGGUUUCCCGUCCUCUUCUAUCACGUAUCAGGAGCGCCAGGAGCAGCUCAUAGAUCUCCACAACAAAUACGAGGCCCUUCAGCAGUUUCGACUGAGCAUGGCGGCUGAUAGCAUCGCCGCCUCGGUGGCGACCGAGCAAUCGUCCUCUGAGCCUGAUCUCUGCUCUCCUUCCCACAAGGUGCGCAGAAUGACCAUGAUUCCUGUUCCAGAUCUUGAAAACAGGUCUUUGCCCCUUCACAAUGUUGGUAGUCCCUCUGGCGAGCCACGACUCGAUGGUGCUCUUGCAACCUCGAUGGAAUCGGCCGAAACUCAGCCGCCUCCAACAGCGACGAGCAGAGUGUCAUUCACCAUUCCCGAUCUUGACUCGAGCGCGGGCACAGCCAUCGGUGUGAUGGCGAGUAGACCGUUGAGCCCACCGUCCUCUAGCUCCUCCUUCAAGACUGCGACACCCCAGUUUCAUACCCGCCAUUCCCCGGACACUGGACUAUCCGCACCGGUGGCUGCCGAUUCGAUGUCCGUCUCCCGUCGGGCUAUCUUGACGCCAUCUGCAAAGCCACACCGCAAAUCAAAGCGCAUUAGCCCUUCCUCGAUUCAACGCGCAAUCGACGCUUUCUCCGAGACGCACAAUCGACAGGGCGACAGCACUGUGUCCCUCCAGCAAGUUGAAAAGCUUGUCCCACCUCCUGUCGCUUCUCGACGCAGCAUGCUCCCGAAACCAAAGAGAGAGUUGGAUGAGCCUCAGCCACCUUCGUUGAAGCGAGCAUUCACGGAUUCUCUCGCCUCUGAAUCCGCCGCAAAGUGCCAUGUCCAAACCUCUGCUCUGUAUAGUAGCGGUGGCUUGGACGGGGGAAUGGCUCGAUCAACAAGACUCAAAUACCAGGAGGACUUGAAUACGCCAAUCGUGCGAAAGCACCUCCGCAAUCGGGUCGUUGAGGUGAAUGGCGGGGGUACUUCGACGAUCCCGAAGCUCAAGCGGGCCCGGACCCGCUGAGGACAGACCAGCCCGCCUUAUGCUUUUCGGCUCCUCGAUUCGGAAUUUUGGAAGAUGAGUUUCCUAUUGUUAAUGAAGCCGUAUUGAUCGGAUAUUUGCGUGAUGCUCCCGCGACUCCAUGCUCGCCCCUCCCACAAAUACAACGCACCGCCUUUGACACAGCCCUGCCUCCGCGCGAAUUGCUGCGUCCAUCGCGGACCACGGACUUGCACACCCCAUCCGUCGAUUGCU